UAAGAAAAUUACAACACAAAAAAAAAAAACCGUUUAAAUAAAUUGCUUUUCGUUGGCGUAUAAAUUUCUUGCAAGCGCAGCAUAAGUUUUCGUCAAAAAAAAAGAAUAAUAACAACAAUCGAAAAUGCAACAAAAAUAUGUUUUUCGAGUGUCGCUACCGUGUUGAGUUAACAGGCUGGCCAAGUGUGCAAUUAAAUAAUAAUAAAACAAGUAUUGAGUUGUGUGCUGUUAACACUUCAUUUAUUGUAACUUAAGUGCAUUCUUAAAUUUAUAAAUUUAAACCAAAUAAAAUUGUAGCGUGAUCUCGUAACCCCAAGGAUUGAUAUUCGAGUAUUAUUAGCGCAGAAAAGAAUAAGGCGUAGGAGAGCAGCGUUUGGUGUGAAUACUUUUUGGAGUAACUAGUUUGGCAGAGGCCAUCGGCAGCAGGAUUGUGUGAGCAGAGUAAUGUCGCCGCAACGCUGGAUCUUGUUGCUCAUCUUUUACAUUGCAUAUUUGAUGUUUGGCGCCAGCAUCUACUAUCACAUAGAACAUGGCCUCGAAAAGCAAAAUCGUGCAACGGAGCUGCGCGAACGUAUUGAAAUGAAUGAAUACCUCGUUAGUGAAUUAGCUGGCAAGAAUGAGAGCACCAUCACCGAGAUACUUGAAAAUAUAUCGGAUUAUUGCGGGAAACAGGUGACCAACUAUACAGCGGAUGAAUUUGACCCACCCUAUACAUGGACAUUUUAUCAUUCGCUUUUCUUUGCCUUCACUGUCUGCUCGACUGUGGGUUACGGCAAUAUUUAUCCCACUACAUUUGCUGGACGCAUAAUUAUGAUAUUCUACUCGAUCAUUGGCAUACCAGUGAAUGGAAUACUUUUUGCCGGAUUGGGCGACUACUUUGGGAGAACGUUCCAAAUGAUCUAUCGUCGCUAUAAAAAAUAUAAGAUGUCACAGGACAAACAUUAUGUGCCACCGCAAUUGGGUCUAGUCACUGCAAUACUUAUCGCCUUAAUACCGGGUAUUGGCAUUUUCAUACUACUACCGGCACUUGUGUUUACGUACUUUGAAAAAUGGUCUUACUCCAUUUCGAUUUAUUUUGCCUAUGUGACUACCACAACCAUUGGUUUUGGUGAUUAUGUGCCCACUUUUGGCGCCGAUCAGCCCACCGAAUUUGGUGGCUGGUUUGUGGUUUAUGAGAUAUUCGUCAUAUUCUGGUUUAUCUUCGCAUUGGGCUACUUGGUUAUGAUUAUGGGCUUCAUAACGAGAGGUUUACAAAGCAAAAAACUAAGGCGUUUAGAACAACAACUCUCCACUAAUAUAAAAACAACUCAAAAUCGUAUUUGGACUGGUGUUACGAAAGACGUCGGCAAUCUGCGAAGGAUUUUGAAUGAGCUGUAUAUACUGAGAGUGAAGCCUGUCUACACCGAACCGGAUAAAACUCAACAGCUGUAUCGUUCCAGCUCCGCACCCGAAAUCUCCAUGUAUCGUGUGGACCCGCCGCCCGAAUUUCCACGCAAACGCGCUUUCUCCGAAAGCUAUGAUGUGGUGGAGGCGCGUGGUAUGCUCGCACCCGUGCACGCCGCUUCCGAUACGGAACUGGAUCGGCUCGACAAACAAAAGUCAUUCCAAGAUGCUGACGCCUUCCUACAGACCACCGAACUCUUGGCCAAAGUCGUCAAUGCAUUGGGUGCUGUGCGCGUACCACCGCAAGAGGAGGAUGAUGCCAGCAUGUUUGGUGGCUAUCAUGGCUUCUCCGAUUCACAAAUACUCGCCAGCGAAUGGUCGUAUCCGAGCAUUAAUGAAGCGCCGAAACAGCGUGUACGCGCCAACUCCGAUUACAACUUCGAGCCACCAUGGCGUCAGCGUCGUCCAACCGCGCUGCCGAACGAAUGGACUUGGAGCGGUGAUAAUGAGCGUAUACAGGAGGCUAUUAACAGCCGUUACAAACAGGGUGAUGGUAAGGAUUUGUAUCGGUCCAGUUUUGGUCUGCCGCCACGUGAUUAUGUGGUGAACAUGGAAGAGGAGGAGCCGCAGAAGCCGCGCAUGAAGAAGUUCUCCAUGCCAGAUGGCUUGCGCAGACUGUUCCCUACGAAGAAACGACCCUCGCAGGAGCGCAUAACGGCGGCAGAAGCCGGCGUGGAUACUGCAAUGCCAAAUAGUGCACGUCGCUUCUCGAUUAUGAGCGUGCCGGAGCCUGCGCGCCGCACGCCACCGCUCGACUAUUACAGCACAGUUGCGGCUGAUGUGAAUGCACCUUAUUACGGUAAUGGUAAGCCUGCGCUACCGGCGCCUGCAGGCAACUACCCUUCAGACAGCAAUCUGGCAGCGAAACAGUUGGUUGGCGCGCCCAAUGGUGUGCCGGUUGCCGGUGGUGGUGCACGUAAACGACGUGAAUCCAUUUUCACACAAAAUCCGGCGUCGGGCGCUAGGCGUGGCAGUCUAUUUCCCACCUCUAAUGCGGCUGGACUCACGCACCGACGCGGCAGUCUUUUUAGCACCGCUGCACAAGCAAACAACGGUCCACCAUCGCGUCGUGGCAGCCUUUUCCCCGCCGGCGGUCGUGGCGCAACAGGCGGUGAUCGCCGGCCGAGUCUCUUCUCCGUUGCCUCGGAGGAGGAGCGUAAUGUUUUGGAGAAUACAACAAUUGCUGAUUUGAUACGCGCACUAGAGGCUAUGCAUACGGCGGCGGUAAUGGAGGAAACCGCCGAUAGUCCACCCAUAAUCACACACGACGACAUGGGUGGCAUCUUCGGCAGCGAUAAUAAACAACGUAAAAUGGGUAAUGCCGGCCUAGAUUUGCCGGAUGUGCCACCUUUAUUCUCACUCCUUGGCAGUGACGAUAAGCGCGCCAUGAACGCCGAGGCGGCAAAUCGUUUGUACGCACGCCGCUCUACGGUCGUUGGCGCACUCCCCACCUCAUUCAACAACACACCCACAGGCUCGACAACCGCACUGGCGCAAUCAACGGGUCCGACCAGCGUGUUGACGCGUCGGCGCAAGUCAUCAGCCGUACAACAAAUUGCCGAACCGCCACCAAGUUACAGUGAGCGCGACACAAAUGUGCCGCAAACUUCCAACGCCCCCACGGCAAGUAACAAGUUCAAGCGACGCUUCAGCGUGCGCCCUACCGCGCUACAAAUACCACCGGGCAAAGCGCCGCCAGCCGGUGCGAAUAUCAAUAGCGCGCUGCAGCAACAAACGGCAACACCACCGUCACAACCACCACCACCAGCCUCUACUCAAAGCGUAUUUCAGCGGCGCCACUCAUUGCGUCCAUCACCGCUCGCACGCGAACUCAAUAUAUCAACAACGCCAUCUACGACCAGCAGCUCAGGCGAUCCCAGUCCAACCAGCCCGACGGGUACCGGUGUGACAGCAUCAAGCACUACGCGUCUACUACCCGCCACCUCAACGAGCGCAACACCCAGCGCUGGUGCUGCCGCGCGCCCACCCACAACGGGUAGCACACAUUCACCACUCUCGCGCAUUGUGCAGAUUACGCAGGCGCAGCGAAAGAGUAGCAAACCCGAAGGAUUUCAACUAGAACGCACUCAAAAAUCGGACGAAUCGUAGGCGCUUAAGUUAGCAAAUGUGUGGGGAGGUGAUGAAAAGCUGAAAUUAAUUUAAUAUAACGACUAGAAAACAGAAAUUUCUAAAGUGCCUAUUUAUUAUACCUAUACAUAUACAUUUACGUAAUAUACAUACAAAUGUCCACUCUGAGGUUGUGCCCCUGAUAGUCAUAAUGCCAGAGGGAUGGAAGCAAUAACGGUAUGCCAUAAGUUUGCCACAGUUUUUGAUUCAACUGACAUUAUUAGUAUUAUUUGUGUCCUCAAGUACGUGUAAUAUUAAACAAAAAAAAAACGACGUGACGAAUGUGAUCGUUUUAAGAAUUAAACAUUCCAGCUUAGUUUAGUUAUUAGCACUUACGUAGUCGCUAGUGGGUUCGAGGUACUCAGUCGCCUAUCUUAUGCCACAACUAUCUAAAACAGCGCGCGGCUUCUGAAGUGUUAAUCCCCAAAAUUGCCAAAAAAAUAUUGUGAUAAGUUUAGUAUUAGCGCAAAAAACAAAAAAACAAAAAAAAGUUAUUAAAUUUAAAAUGACAAUAACUGAGAAAUGAAUUUUGUGUUUCGUUUCUGCGCGAAAAAAACCAGCAAUAACACAAAUAUUCUUUCAAAAAAGUGACAUAAAAAUCAUAUUAUUUAUUUAUUCUAUAACCAUUAAAAUGCAUCCAUACAUAUUUCCUGUGAACACAUCUUUUGCGAACGAAUGUACACGAUUUCCUGGCUUUCUAUUAUUAAGUAGCAGUUUAAAAAAAAUUUUUAGCAAAUAUCUAAUAUUUUGUGAAUGCAAGCAGAGCGAAAAUGAACAAAACAAAAUGUUACCUAAUAAAGAUGCUAUGAAAUGACAAAAACAA